AGUUCAGUUGCUAUUCAGAAGAUAUCAAUGAAACGUACAAGUGCACUGUUUAGCGAAGUUGACACUAUGGUUUUACGUAAUAUAAUGAAACAUAAAAAGAAUGUACUUGAUAUACACCAUCCAACACACCACCAAUAGUCUUGCUUUGAACGUCGACGGCGGUGUGCGCGUCAUAACAAAACAUGUGCUUAUUAACUUGUUUCCUACUAGUAAUAGUUGCGGUUGUGUACGUGAUACAAACAGUCACAAAGCCGAAGAACUUUCCUCCAGGUCCAAAAUGGUAUCCAAUAUUCGGAAGCAGCGCGUUCGUCCAGAAAAUGGCAAAGAAGUAUGGGUCACAAUGGAAGGGCUUAUCCCAUAUAGCAAAAGAAUAUUCAACUAAAGUUCUCGGCAUAAAGCUCGGCUCGGAACCGAUAGUUGUCGUUUUCGGUGAAAAUAAUAUACGACGAGUUUUCACUGAGAAAGAGUUCGAAGGUCGACCUGAUUCUUUUUUUAUUAAACUACGUUGUCUCGGAAAGAGGAUGGGUAUAACAUUCGCCGAUGGCACGCUAUGGAGAGAGCACAGGCAAUUUACUGUAAAACAUCUUAAGAAUGUUGGUUUUGGAAAGACUGCUAUGGAAGCCGAAAUACAAAACGAGAUGCAAUCUAUAUUAAAAUAUAUCAGCGAACACAAAAACAAAUCAUUCAGUCCAAAACAUAUACUUGCAACGUCGGUUAUAAAUAUUCUAUGGAAAUUUACUGCUGGUGAGCGAAUAAAAGAGGAACGCUUAAAAUUUUUAUUGGAUUUAUUAAAAGCGAGAUCUGAAGCUUUCUCUAUGGCGGGCGGUUGGCUGAACCAGUGGCCGUGGAUCAGGUUCUUUAUGCCCCAACGAAGUGGAUUUACGCUCAUAAAAAAAAUGAACCAGCAAAUAUCUGACAUCAUUGAGGAAAGUAUAAUGAAACAUAAACAAAAUAUAACAGCGAGGAGAGAUUUUAUAUAUUCUUUUCUGGAGGAAAUGAAAGAAAAUAAGGAAACAUUUACAGAGGAACAAUUGAAAGUCAUAUGCCUGGAUAUUCUGAUAGCCGGUUCACAGACUACGAGCAAUGUUCUAGAGUUUGCUUUGUUGAAAGUUUUAAGGGAUAAGAAUAUACAAGAGAAAAUUUAUAACGAAAUAUUUAAUACGAUUGGUCACAAUAUGCCAUCAUGGACAGACACUAGCAGGCUAGUGUACACGAUGGCGUUCUUAUCUGAAAUACAGAGAUAUUUUACUAUAGUGCCGAUAGCGGGACCGAGGAGAGCGCUCGACAAUAUACAUAUGGAUGGUUACGUGAUACCUAAAGAUACGACGAUACUGAUAUCGGUGGGAGAUGUGCAUUUCGAUCCGAACGUUUGGGAGGAACCGGAAAAAUUUAUGCCCGAAAGAUUUAUAGAUAGUAAAGGGAAUUUAAAGAACGUCGAACAUAUGUAUCCCUUUGGGAGCGGUCGCAGGCGAUGUCCGGGCGAUUCUCUCGCCAAGUCUUUUAUAUUCAUAGUGUUCGUCGGCAUUAUGCAGAGAUUCAGGAUCGAAUGCAGUAAUGGCGUCUUACCUUCAGAGAAACCAAUUAUUGGCUUAAUUUCGAGCGCGAGACCGUAUACGGCCGAGUUUAUUUCAAGACAAUGAAUGACAGUUUAAUAGAGAAAUUGGUAGAUAAAUAAUAAUAAAAAAAUUACAAUUUA